AUGAAUGGAGAUACGAAAUUGGUUUUAGCAUUGAUUACUCGGAUUGAACUAAAGUUACCAUGUAAUAGUGGUAAAAGGUUAGAAACGAUAGAGGCUGAUCCUCUAGUACAGCAAACUGUUAGUGCGAUCGUGGAUCUUUCCAGGUUUAGAUUUAGUACCAUUGUUAAAAAUUUGACCCAUUUAUUGGAAACCAUAUCAAAGGAAAAAAUAAUAAUACAUUCUGAUGAGAGGAAAAAAAGAUUUGUUCAUCUUGGAAUUGAGCCAACCACGAUGGUUCUAGAAGACUCUAUGCCAGUCGACAUUCUUCAAUCACAGUUAUUCGUACUGAAAAUAUUUUCAGCAUGUGUAUCACACCACUGGAAAUGUUAUCGUGGAUUACAACGAGGUGAAUUGUUGAAUGGUAUUCCAAAAACAUCGCAAUCAUCUGUCGAAAUCAAAAACAAUAGCAAUGGACAUGUUAAUCGUGUUAUUUCACGACAUCCAUCAUCGGAUGCGAAAUAUAUCCUCAAAGUUCUCUCUAGAUUUUUGCAUCAAAUGGCGAAUCAAGAGGAAAAUUUGCCGAAGGAUCAAUCAAUCAUCGGAGUUCCUGGUGCAGGCAUUCCAAAUCCUGGUGUUGGCAGUGGGGGAGGCGGAAUGGUCAAUGGUGGAUAUGCAGUAUAUUCGACAGUUACUUAUGAGAUUGUUUGUGAGAUUUUUAAUUAUGCUGGUAGAGUAAUUUUGUAUAUUAGUGCCUCGAAUUGGAGUGUUGUCUUUUCGAGGAUUAAGAGUCGUAUUGCAUAUUUAACAAGUACUUAUGAUGAGUGGCCAGAAACAGCUGACUUGAA